CACGCCAAAGUGGGGAAAGACUCCCACUAGCGUGAUGAUACAUUUGGGACCGCCGGAACUCCUAAUUCCGCUAUCAUGCCUUUUCCUUCCAUCGUAGUCAACUCCUCGACUGGAGUCGAGCUAUCCUAUAUCGACAGCGGUGCACCAGUUCAGUCCUCGUACAUCACUAUAUUUGCUAUUCAUGGCAUGAUUUUCACCAAGGAAAUCUUCCAGCGAGUGAUAGACCUCGCACCCAAGAAGGGAGUCCGAUUCGUAGCCCUCGACAGGCGUCCUUUUCCCGGUUCCACACCUUUCUCAGCAGAAGAGUUGGGUAUUUUGCGAAACGCCGGUACGGAUGAUGCUCAACGAGAGGCUUUUGUCGAGGCUCGAGGGCAUGAGGUUGCCAUAUUCAUCGACACAUUCAUACGGACAUUCGGCCUCCCACCGAUCUCGAGCGGUGGUGGCGUCGCACUCCUCGGAUGGUCACUUGGUGCAACCUUGGUUUCCGCUGCGAUAUCGAGCACUAGUACACUGUCUAACGACAUUUGUGAACGUCUAGAAAGGCAUUUACGUUCUGUCAUCCUCUACGAACCGGGACCAAUCACGCUUGGCUUACCUGCCCCAAACCAGUAUUGGACGUUCCUUCGCGAUCCAAGCGUGCCCGAGGAUCUUCGUAUCCCUGCGUUCGGGCAGUGGUGUACUUCCUAUUUCGACCACCCAGAUCUCUCAGAGCGCAAUCUGGACAAUCUGUCCUGGGUGUUGGCUUCGUCCUCAAGGGUACCCUCGUUUUACAACGGAAUGCCUGCAUCCAUUCAACGUUAUGGAAACGAUGCCGCGAUUGACCUGCCGUUCUUGGUUGUAUACUCCAAGCAGAUCCUGCAAGCUUAUCGUAAAACCUUCUUCGAUUCCAAGGUGUUCCCAAAUGUGAAAAGAUCGGUAUUGUGUGGAGAUAAGACAUGUGCAUUAGCGCUUGCUGCAUUUUGGGCGGUACAAGAUGAUGAGAAGGAACAGAGGACUACGGAUAUAAAGGCGCUUGAGUAUAGGAUCAUUCCUGGGGCAAAUCAUUUCGUGCAUUGGGAUGAACCCGAGAAGGCGCUAGAUGUCUUCAUUGAGUUUUCGUAAACGACCGUUCCUCAUUCUCUUUCAUUAAUGUAUCCUGGAGAAAAUACCUGUUGGUAAAAUAGCAUGCGAACGCGAUAGCAUUUCAGGGCAAUCAGACUGCUGUAGCUCUUCCUUCCUCUCACUUAUGGCUUAACAAUUGGGUCCCGUCACCCGUAUUUACCAAAGUAUGGAUAGGACAUUCGAAUCAGAUUAUAAGAAUAUCCA